GAAACUUCCCGUCUUGUCACGUGCGGCCAUGUCCCAUUUCGCUACAGCGCGCGUUCCCCCUUGACUGUUGGGGGGCACACGCGAAGGGGAUGUGCAACAACGAACACCAGUCCUCCCGCUUCAUCAUCAUCAGCAGCAGCAGCAGCAGCAGCAGCAGCAUCAUUGAUCAACCUCACAAAACAAGUGCCUGCCGUCCUUUUUCUCAACCCCUCCAACAUCAAAUACCAUCCGCUCAAGGCAAGCAGUGAUUGAAAUGAACUCUGUCGCUGCUUCAGGGCGGUCCCCGCGGAAAGCUCAGCGGAACUCCAUCACACCCUCGAUAAAGGCAACAAGGAGUUCGACAACUAACAGAGCCAAUACCCCGGACAUGGCUGGUACUCAUGAUGAGGAACCAAAGACCGUCCAGGACCUGAAGGACGAGCUCGAAGAGAAGUCAGAAACCGUUGAGCGGUUGAAGGAAAAGAUUACCCAGCUUGAGGAACGUGCGAAGUAUCUUGAGGCCGAUGCCCGCCUGAAGGCCAGCAUGAUGUCCACAGAAGUCCUGAGUCUCAAAGAAAAGGCCCGGAAGUUGGAGAUUGAACUCUCAACGAUCGUUGAUGAGCGCGAUAUCCUGGAACAAGAAAUAGAUGAGCUCAGGUCCCAAAUAGUAGACGGCGAGGACAAUGAUGAGGCCAGGCAGCUCUCUGUACAGCUGAAGGAUGCCUGGCUUAGAAUCAAAAAUAUGAAGGCCACUCAAGAGGAAACUGUUCAAAACCUGUUCAGCUCCGAGGAGGCGAAUGCCAAGCUGAGGGCCGAGUUGGCUACUGCAGUCAAUGCCUCCAGCACUGCGAAGAGCUCGCAGGUUGACGAGAGACAAAAGUGGAACAGCGAGAAGCAGGAAUUCGUCGCUGAGAUUAACUCCUUCAAGGAAAAACUCUCUCUGGUGAGCAAGAACGGAGGCAAGCAGGUGCUCGACUGGGAAGAAGACAAGGCCAGACUGCGAAAUAGUUUUGCACACGAAAGGUCAGCUUGGGACAAGGAGAAGAGGGGGUUCCUGGACCAGAUUGCUUCGUUCAAGGUCAAGGCCUCUACUCUCACGAUGCAAAAGGCUACGCCGCCGGAAUGGGUCUUGGAAAAGCAUAAAUUGACGGAACAAUGCGCAACUCUGCAAAGCCGGGUGACCAUACUGGAGACCAAUCGUGCCAAUGAGGGUAAUUCAAGCAGCUCAAGUGUCAAGAAACUUGAAGCAGAUAAGCAGAAACUGCAGAAGAAGGUUGAAGCGCUACGGACCAAACUUGUCGAGGUCAUGUUGCAGAUGGAGGAGGAAGAGAAGAAACCGAAGGUUUGUACUGAUAAAUACGUUUCAAAUUGCUGCAUACAUUUCCUGCCAAUUCUAUCUAUCUAUCCCUGCCUUAAUGACUUACAAAUAUUGCUUUCAACUAUGUUCAGGCUGGCCGUAGUCGACGUCGUGGUGCUGCUGCCCCCAGAAGAAAAAGACCGGUUGCUUCGGAAUCCGACUCGGACGAGGAUGAGGCGGUGGAGAUCCAGGAAGCAGAGCCGCCAAAAGCAGCACCGCCUGCGCCAAGAACUCGAGCCAAGAGGAGUGCAGCAACGAAGCAGGUUAGCUACGAACUCAAGAGCGACGAUGAAAUCGACGACGAGGAUCUUGAAAUGGAUGAGGCGGAUGAUGACGACCAAGACAAGGAGGAACCUGAGGCAGUGGAGUCAAACGAAGAAGGUGCCAACAACGAUAAGGCCGUACCUUUGACUGAUGAUAUGGAUGUGGACGGGGAAGCAGAGGAAAGUGCUCAUCCACCGUCCACCUCAACCAACACUCGCUCAAAGAAAGCACCCAGCAGAAAGUCACGAAAAGCUGCGGAUGAUACCUCG